AGGCCGACACGCCGCACAGGUAUUUGAUCACAGGACUAGACAGAAGGUCGAAAGAACGGGGAGUCCGUGUUGGAUUUUCAGUACAACCGGCGUCAGAAAUGCAUCAUCGGCGCUGUGCUCAAACAGUCCUACUGUGUGACAUCUGUGAAACUGCCCCCCUACAGAGUUAUUGUGAAGUAUGUGGUGUAAGUCUCUGUGUUAAUUGUGUAGGAAAACAUCUUUCAGAUCUCUCUAAAAAACACAAUGUCGUGCCCUUCCUACAAAGAGAGUCUACUCCUAACUACCGGUAUCCGAAAUGUCCGAAACACGCCGAAAAACACUGCGAGCUUCACUGCGACACCUGCAACAUUCCUGUCUGUUCUACCUGCGUCUCCUCCGAUAAACACAAAGGUCACAAGUUAUCAGAUAUUCUUGAAAAACUCAGCUCCAAAACACAAAAAUUACAAAACGAUCUGGACGAAUUAGAGACCCGAAUUCAUCCUCGAUAUGAAGAAAUGGCGUCUGAUAUUCAAACUAAAAAAGCCGAGUUAGAAAUGAAAUACGGGAAACUGAUAACAGCUGCCGAACAAGAAGGUGAAAUCUUACACCGGGAGAUCACCACCAUUGUCAACCAGCGGAAAUCUGCCAUCCAGGAGAUGAAAAACAAACACCUAUUUACCCUGAAUAAAAAUACAGAUGAAAUCACACAGAAAAUUUCUGAACUCAAACAGAUAAUAUCCGACUUGAAAUCAAUACUAAAAUCAAAGAACAUCGCCUUAACCUCUACUUACAAAUCUAGGAAUUCCGAAUUUAGAACAUUACCGCCUAAAGUCCGAGUUACAUUACCGAGUUUUACUCCUCAGAAAAUAAACACAGACCAGCUCUGCAAAAUGCUUGGUUCUCUGUCGCCAUUAUCCAUUGACACAGAACAUGGCGAUACGAUGAAUUCAGCAGAAGCUGUAUCGUCUCCUCCAGUCAAACCAUUGCUUGAUGAACCGCGCCUUACCGCUACUAUAGACACUGGGUAUGAAAAACUAUACAGUGUUAGUUGUCUCAGAAAUGAAGAAGUCUGGACACGCGGGUAUAGUAAAAUCAUGAAGUUCAUCAAUCUUCAGGGUAAACUACGGACAUCAAUAAAAACCAAGUCAGGAAACCAACCACGGGACAUAACAGUGACACGGGACGGAGAUCUUGUGUAUACUGACCGUAACACUAUAAACCUAGUCAAGAAUAAAAAUAUAAGGACCGUGAUCACACUACAGGGGUGGGUACCUCUCCAUAUUUGCAGUGCCGCGUCUGAUGAUCUCCUGGUUACCAUGCACAGUGAUGAUUACAAACAAUACAAAGUUGUGCGUUACUCCGGCUCCACAGAGAAACAAACCAUUCAGUUUGAUUAUCAGGGUCGUCCUCUGUUUUCAUCUGAUAAUAACUAUAAAUACAUUAGUGAAAACAGGAACCUGGAUAUUUGUGUGGCUGACCGGUCAGCUAGUGCGGUAGUGGUGGUCAAUCGGUUAGGAAAACUCAGAUUUAGAUACACUGGUCAUCCCUCUAAUACCAAGCCAUCCUUUUAUCCAGCCGGUAUCACUACAGACAGCCAGAGCCACAUCCUGAUAUCAGACAGUGAUCAUCACCGUAUCCACAUCUUAGAUCAGAACGGACAGUUCCUCCGUUACAUUCAAUGUGAUUUACACGCUCCAUGGGGUUUAUGUGUGGACAUCAGAGACAACCUCUUUGUGGCUGAGUGUUACACAGCUAAAGUGAAGAAAAUCCAAUAUCUAUAAACACAGUGCUAAUUACACAUCUAAAUGCAGUGUUAAUUACAUAGCUCAACACAAUGUUAAUUACAACUAUCCAAAGUAUUAAUUGCAUAUCUAAACAUAGUGUUAUUUACAUCGUUGUGUUCAACUUCUUAAUUACAGCCCUGUGUUAAUUACAGCCCUGUGUCUGUGAUGGGCAAUGUACUUGUGUUUGAGAGUUUAACUGAUAGAACAUUAGUCUUUCAUUGCUAUUUAGUAAUUAUAUAUUACAAUAUCUGUAUCAUUAUGUUUACUGUAACGGUAUUAAUUUUAGUACACUCAUUACUGAUUAGACUGUGUUACUAGUUAUCUAUCUCUAUACAAUCUUUUGUGGAUUAAUUUGACUGUGUUACUAGUUAUCUAUAUACAAUAUUUUGUGGACUAAUUUGACUGUGUUACUAGUUAUCUAUAUACAAUAUUUUGUGGAUUAAUUUGAUUGUGUUACUAGUUAUCUAUAUACAAUCUUUUGUGGACUAAUUUGACUGUGUUACCAGUUAUCUAUCUAUAUACAAUAUUUUGUGGACUAAUUUGACUGUGUUACUAGUUAUCUAUAUACAAUCUUUUGUGGACUGAUUUGACUGUGUUACUAGUUAUCUCUAUACAAUCUGUUGUGGACUAAUUUCACUGUUUUACUAGUUAUAUAUCUAUUUAAAACAUUUUGUUGACUAAUUCUACUGUGUUGCUAGAUAUUUAUAUCUAAAAAAAAAUGUGAACUAAUUUUACUGUUUUAAUUGUUAUUUAUCUAUAUACAACCUUUUCAACACAUGUGAAUCACUAAUUGUUAUACAGUUAUUGUAAAGUAGUAAGGAAUUUCAAUUUGUCAGUAUAUUGUGUGUAGCCUUGAAUUAUAGUACAAUCAUACAGGUAUUCAUAUACUUAUUUUAGUGUGAUGAACUUGUAAUUGAGCAUUCUUCUGUUUGUUAAUCAUAUAUUUAGAUUUGUGUUUAUUUUUCAAUGUGUAAAUUAGAUAAACAUGAUUUAGUUACAGUCUUACAUUAUUACUGUCAAUACAGAUAGAUACACAAGAUUUAGUGUACAGUCUUACAUUAUUACUGUCAGUACAGAUAGAUAAACAUGAUUUAGUGUACAGUCUUACAUUAUUACUGUCAGUACAGAUAGAUAAACAUGAUUUAGU